AUGAACUCUGAAGCACCCAUGGCCUUGCGCCUGCAAGGAAACCUGCUGUACGGGGUCUCUCGAGUGUAUAAUCGCCAAUGUCUGUACACUCUCACCGAUGUACAGUCUAUGCUAGACAAAAUGAAAACUGCGCUGAAGAUUGUCCACAGCCGAGGCUUGAAUCCAGAUGCUGGAAAGGCAAGACCAGAAGAACUUGUCGUGCCGUAUGAUCCAGCUUUCAUUCCUGAGUUCAGCCUUCCUGGCUUAGACUUUGACUUGCUUAAACCCCCUGAGUCGCUGGUUUCCCGGCUUAACCUUGGCUCAAGUCUCGUUUCAUCUCACUUCAGUAACUCAAGCCAAGGCCAACUCGUUCUCGAGACGCUGCCUCAGCUGCAUAUUCCAUCUCCAAGUGUCAUCAAUGGUGAUUUUGGUGGCUUCGCUUCUCUAAGUGAUAGUGGUAACACUGUGGGAAAGAGCGACCAGGUUCUUGGGGACACGAUGCUAGAAGAAGGUGUGCUACUUCGUCCUGAUUUUGAGUUUGAUGAGGAAGGGAAUAUUGUAGAGCUCGGCUUGGACAAUACCCUGGGCUUACAAGUCGAAUCGCCGAUGGAAGGAAGACCAAUUGAUGAAACUACAGAAGAAAAUAUCCAUCAGCCACAGGAUGGAGAUGCGAUGGAACUCCAAGGCGACAACUUUCUUCUGAACAGUGAGCUUGAAGCCCGUGACAGUCCUCCUCCGACUUCAGGUCGACUUCCUGAUCCUGACUACAUUAACAAUCAGGAAACAGGGGAGAAUGCUUCACAUGGACGCAAACACAAGGCACCUAAAAAGGUACAGGUGGACAUUAAUACUGAAGUCUGCAAGGCCGUGUUAGUGCAGUGGGAACAGGAAUACCUACGCAAUAUGUCGCUUGCCGACAAGUUAAGAGCACACAGCAAGCAACUCAUACAAGCUAAGAGAAAUGCAACAUUCUGGGUUUCAGAUUGCGGAAUUGGCUCUGUAGGACUUGGACUUGGAGUCUCUCGAAUGCCGCAUCCUUUACAGCCAUUUUGCGGAGAACAGCUUCUUGCUGCGUUGUCAAGCAAUACUGGCAAACGAAGCUCUGAUGAAGCUGGCAAUGAUGAGCUUGAUGUCACAAGACGCGUACGUCAGAGAGCAGAUGAUGAAGUCGAAAAGGGACUUUCCAGGCCAAAUGGAAUGGGAGAGGAUAAUGCAGAUAUCUUGAUGCAAAAUGAUGUCGAACUUGGCCUUGAUGCCCCUGCCUCCCUGCCUGAUGAUGCUUCUUCUCGCAUGCCAUGGAAUAUCACAGCCUCACUGCAGGGGUCAGUCGCCGGUUCUUCCAGUAUCGGUCGUCCCUUAAACAGCUUUGACCGCUCAUCUCGUCGACACUUUGAGCGUUCAGGUAGACUCAAUGGUCGCUUUCCAAGUGCUAGUCCACUUGCACGGCGAAGUUUGCAUCAGGAUCUACUUGGACGUGAUAGUCUACCUGGCCUCUCCCUCGACGACUUUGGGAGUCUAUACGAUGAUGACCUAAAUGCUUACAUGGAGCAAGGCAUUCUAUCAUGGCGUCCUGAGACUUGGCAUGGCACGGAAGGAUCGAGUGCGAUUGACGCGCAUGCCACGAUAUCAAGCUUGGGUCACGAUGACAGAAACUUCCUUGAAUUCCUUGAAAUUCGCAUGCAGGCAGUGGAGUAUGAAAGCGGUGAGAACGAAGGUCGCACUGGAACCCCUUUGCUCAAAGAAUCUAGCUUCUCUCAGCUUUUCCCAACGGAGUCCACAUCCUGUUUAGUUGCAACUCAGGCGUUAAUGCAUGUGCUCACACUGGCGACUAAAGACGUCAUUAAAGUCUCGCAGAGCUAUGGCGCUCAUCAUAUGCUGUCCAACAUCGAGGAUAUGGGCGAAAUUUAUGUGACAAUCAAUGGCCAUGGAGUUUACGAAGGGAGUUUGUGAGUGAAAUCGAUUGCCGGAAAAGAUCGACACCAUCUGCUUCUAUUGCGACAUGAUAUUUAUUUUACAACAUUAUAGAUGACGACAGAUUUUAUCAAAUCUUAAGGCCCGAGUAACAAAAUACUAGCAUAUUUAUCGAGAUACGAGUUCGCUGUGUUUUAUCAUUUAGGAACAUUACGGGGAAUGGGUAUUUGAGUUCGGGCAAUGAGGAACAGCAAGGAGGGGAUACUAUGAUGCGAGGAGUGAUGGGUUGUGUUAUUUAAAUUCAUAGUUAUCUG